AUGCCAGAGUCUCGUUCGUUAUCGGAAUUAACCAGACAAAUCGCUCCACCAACUAAGAACGGCCAUGCACCACCACCCACGGAAUCGAGAAAGAGCUAUCAAUCUGUCAAUCCUGUCCGUGUCCGGGCCGGUUUCAGCUUUGCAACCAUACUCCCCCCGGAACCCAAAGACUUUGGUUUCCCGGAAGCUGCCCGGCGGGUCAUGGGAAUAACGCCGCCGCAUCGCCAGUCGGCAUCGUUUAUGGUCGGAACUACGACGAGCGGGAAGAGGGGCGCGGGACGGACGGGCGGGGGACGGCGGGGGCAGAACCGGGAAGGCCACCCGUCGGAACCCAGCGACACACCCGUACCGAGACGCCGCGAGGACGACACGCUCCCAACACGAGGCCCACGCCGCGGACCAUACCGGGCGCGGCCGCGCCGGCGGAUGCCGCCGGGGCUCACGGGCGGGCGGGGGCCGCAGCGGGCCCACCCCCAAAGCACACGGGCAAGCGAGGCGCAACGCCGGGGAGACGGGGAAACCACCCCCGACCCCCUCGGGCGGGGUCGGAGGACCGUGAACCGGCGGGAGGGAGACCACGCCAACGGGGAGCGGCGGGAGACCGGACGGCGGCCGACCCCGGGCGAGAAGCGGAGGAUGAGGACGGGCCCAAUGCCUGACACGCGGCGGCGACGCCCUCGCGCGGACAGGUGGAGGAGGAGGGGAGGAGGUCGACGAGCGACUUUGACCCCGCGAGGGGGGAGAGAGGGGGGCCGAGCCCGCGUCGGAAGGGAGGCCGGGCCUCGGGGCAGCGAGGGGGAGAGACACCGACCGGAGCCCCCACCGCCACACCGGGACGCGCACACGGAGGACGGCGGGGCCGGACGGGCCCCCGCGCAGACGCACCCUCAGCCAACAGGCCCCACGGACCGGCGUGGGCGACAGCCACUAAAGCCUCUUUCUCCUCUACGCCUCGCGGGGCGUCUUUCCCCCCGCACACGCCUCCAAGAGACCAGGCGAGACGCGCCGCCACGGCCGCGGCGGCCGGGACGCCCUUCAAACCGCAACUUCCUCCCGCCCGCCGGGCGGCCCUUCCCCCCAGGCACCCCGCGACCGCCCCGGGACCCGUGCGCGCCCGGCUGCCCCCCCGUGAGGAGGGGCCCGGCAGCACGGCCGCGGGUCGGCCAGACGAGGAGCGAGAGAGAAAGGAACGCCGGCGGGCGGGGAGGGGGAGCGAACCGGCAGAACGAGGACCGUCGACGGCAGGGCGGGCCGCAGCGGCACCCCCCGCGGGAGACGCCUCACAAGGGACCGGGAGGCCGCUCGGGCGGCGACCGGGCACGCGAGCCAAGCCGGCGGGAAUCACACUGCACCCAACCCGGAGCAGUCCCGCCACGCCCGCGGCACCGAGCCGACCCGAAACCAACGGACAACCCCCGGGAGCCCGAGGAGACGCCAGCCGACGCGAGAGAGAACCGAGGCAGACGCCGACGCCAACCGACGAAGACCCCCGCGUGGCAGCGGGUCCCAACGUCCGACGACGCGCCGGACGCGGCCGACCGCCGGUUCCCCCAAAUAAGAAGUCCGCCCCCGAGAGCGAGGCCAACCCCGCGGUUCACGGACCCUCGAGAGCCCCGCGGAGGGGGAAGGGGGGGUAGGACGGCUCCCGCGAUCUCCACCGGCCGUGGGAACGCUGCCGUGGAAGGGGGGGACGAGGCGGCAACCGCAGACGCCCGAGAGCACGCGGCACGCACCACACGCGACACGACCUCGCCGCGAGAGUGGCCGGGACGUGGACGCGCGUGGGAGGGACGCACACGCGACGGAGGGCACGGGGGAAACGGAGGCGGGUGGGACCGGGAGCCCACCGCCGCCCUUCCAAACCCACCCGUCCCGCGACGACCCCUCGCGGUGAGGGGGGUACCGCGCACGCGGGCGUGUGCACGGCCCUUCCCCGCCACCUGCCACCAGAAACCCAAUCUCCCCCACAAGCUCCGCACAGCGGCAGGUCGACAGAGCCCCGUCCCGCGUGAUCCCUCCUCGUACUCGGAGCGGGGAGGCGCGGGUCGCGGUAGGCGAGAGAGCAAACGCUGCGCGCAGAAGGCUGAGGUCAGGGCGGGCAGCCGAGGGGACCAUCCGGGAGAAGCCCCUCGGAGAUCGUAA